AUGUCCCACAUUUACUCGUCUCCCCCCACUCCACCUGCCCCACCUGCCUUUCCUCCCAGGUGCUGCAUCGCCCUAAGCGGUUCAAAGGAGGCAUUCCCGGUGCCAAGCGGUUGGUGCUUUGAUAACCCCGAACCCUCCCCUUCCUAUCUGUCCCGCCUGUCGCACCUUGAUUUGUCUCUCUCCCUCGCUACCCUCCACCUGCCCCACCUGCCUGCCACCCCAGGUGCUGCAUCGCCCCAAGCGGUUCAAAGGAGCCAUUCCCGGUGCCAAGCGGCUGGUGCUGAGCGUCACAGGCUACAGUGGCAGCCUGCGGCGAGACGUGGAGGCCAUGGCAAAGCAGAUGGGGGCAGGAUUCUCAGGGGAGCUCCACACUGGUGUAUGCACACACCUCGUGUGCUACGAGCUCAGAGGCAAAAAGUACGAGGUGGCACGGCGGCACCACCUCAGGACCGUGAACCACAUGUGGCUGGAGGACUGCUUGAGGGAGUGGAGGCUGGUGCCAGAGGAGCGAUACUCCGCCAGAAGCCACAUCACAGCCUGAGGGAGUGGAGGCUGGUGGCAGAAGAGCGAUACUCCGCCAGCGCACAUGGUGCCGAGAAGAAUCGAGUUACGACAGAUGGCAUUGGUGCUGCAGUUGCCAACGCACAUGGUAACGAGAGAAAUCGAGUUAUCACGAGAGAUGAGAUCGGUGCUGCACAUGCCAACGGAGGCUCGUUAGAGAAGAGUGCAGGCGAGGCUGUGGUGGGGAGGACAGCCAAUAACGCCACUCAUGCCACUAAUGCCACUCGUGCGACGCAUGCCACUCCUGUCACUCAUGCGACGUCUGCCAUUUGUGCUGCUAAUGAGGUAGCUGCUUCUGGUGCUGUUGCUGCUGUUGUGAGUGAUGGAGGGGGCGAUGCGGCAGGUGGGGCGGUGGGUUGUGAGGAAAGGACAGAAGCGGACAGGGCGGGGGGUGCACAUCCACGGGAGAGUGGUGUUGUGAGGGUGGGGGGUGGAGAGGUGGAGGGGAGUGUGCUUAGAGGUGUGGGAAUACAGGGUGCUGGGGCAAUGGAUGUAGGCUGUGGAACACGCAGGGGACGAGAGGGAGGUGGGGAGGGGUCUGGGAAGGCAGUUGAAGUGGUGGUGAGAGAACCUGGAGGUGGUAUGAGGCGAGAAGAGGGAGUGGGAGAGGAGGGCGGGGUAGAGGAAUGGAGGGUGCAGGAGCGGGAGGAUGGGGACGAUGAGGGUAAUGAGGAUAUGAAGGAAGAGGGGGAUGAAGAAGAAGAAGGCGAGGAGAGAGGAGAUGAGGAAGGAGAGGAGAUGGGGGAAGUGCAACGGGAGGAGCAAGGGGAGGAGGUGCUUUGUGGGCAAGAGGACAUGGAGGAUGCGGAAACUGAGGAGGAGGGAGGGGAGGAGGGAGAGGAGAUGGGACAGGAGGAGCAGUGUGAAAAGGGGGAUGAGGAGAUGGGACAGGGGGACAUGUGGGAGCAACUAGAUGAGGCUGGGGCUGGGGAGGGCGGGCAAGGGCGAGAGAGGCAAGGCGGGGAGGGCGAGGGGGGGAGUGAGGGCGGGGAGGAGUCCCCUGGUGCACAGGGUCUUGUUGUGAACCUCCGAGGCAUCUUCGACUCUGUGAGCGAGGGGGGCGAUUCAGGAGGUGGUGUGGCAGGUGGUGGUGCAGGUGGUGGGGCAGGUGGUGGGGCAGGUGGUGUGGCAGGUGGUGUGGCAGGUGGUGUGGCAGGUGAGCGUGCUACAGCUGGAGUGGUGAGUCCACUUCAGGCAAGCGGGCAAGGAAGUGUGGCUGCUGAUGUGGCAGAUGCAGCCGGUGAUGUGGCUACCGUGGCAGCUGGCACUGGGAAUGUUCCGGUUCGAACGACCGAGAAAACAUCGCAAAUGGAAGUUUGCCAGCAGCAGCAGCAAGAGGAACACGAGGAGCGAGCUGCUGAAUCAAUGGCAGCAGCAGUACCUUCGCCAACCGAGCCGCAAUCACAGCCAGUGCGCCUGAGUGGCAUGCACGCGGGCAUAGGCAUGCCGGUGGAUAUGGGCGGACAGGUCUCAUCAGCCCAGCUGCCCUCACAGCUGCCCUCCCAGCUGCAAUCCCAGCCACUGCGCCUGAGUGGCAUGCACGCAGGCAUAGGCAUGGCAGUGGAUAUGGGUGGACUGAGCUGCAGCUCCAGCCGUGGUGCCGCUGCUGCUGCUGCUGCUGCUGCUGCUGCUGCUGGCAACAGGCGUGUGGGAGGGAGUGCAUACGGGCUGCGCACCGCACACGCGGGUAGGACUGAGCGGCACACGGGCAUAGGCAUGGCGGUGGAUAUGGGUGGACUGAGCUGCAGCUCCGGCCGUGCCGCUUCUGCUGCUGCUGGCAAACGUGCAGAGGGGAGAGGCUGUAGCGGCAGAGCUGAGGAGAGUGUGGGGGUGCUGGUGAGCAGUGGCAAGCGUGCAGGGCCCAGCAGGCAGGGUGGGAAUCUCCAAGUGGGGCGUCUCAGGGAGGAGCAGAGAGGCGGCAGUAGGGAGAGGGUGGAUUGUGCUUCUCAACGUUGCAGUCCGGUAAAGAGGGGUACAGGUAGCAGUGCGGAGAGGGCGGAUCGUCCUUCUCAACGUUCCAGUCCGGUGGAGAGGGGUGGAGGUGGCAGUGGGGAGAGGGUGGGUGGCCCUCAGGCUAGGUCGAUGCACAAGGAGGGUGGUGGCUGUGGUGAUGGCAAGGAUGCGAUGGAGGAGGUGCGAAGGGGGGAUGGGGGUGGUGGUGUAAUGGGAGGAGGGACUGAUGAUGGUGCGAUGGGAGGGGGGAAUGACGAUGCGGUAGCUGGUGCUAGGGAGGCUUGUGGUGGUGCUGAGGGGGGUAAAAGUGAAGGGGGGGACUUUGAGGGGAGGAACAGUGACGGGGGGAACACUGGAGGUGGAAAGAAUGAGGAUGAUGCUAUGUGUGAUAAGGAUGUUGACAAACCUGUUUGUCGUGAUGGUGAUGUGGAUAGUUGCAACGGGGAUGGGGCUAAUGCUGGCACUGGCAAGGAGAACGAGGCUGCUUGUAAGGGGGAUGAGGAUGGGGACGGCCCGAUUGUCUCCUCUCUUCCUGAUUGGCUGCAGGGUGAUGUGGUCAUAGGCCACGUGGCACCCUCCUCAUUGGUCAAAACGUUCCACCGGAGAAAGCCGGCAGGAGGGAAGGAGAAUGUUGCAAAGGCGGAUUGUGAAAAGAUGAAUCUUGAGAAGGAGGUGCGUGGAAAGGGGUUGGUGAGGGGCGGGAGCAGUGACAAGGUGAAGAGGGGGGAACGAGGAGUGGGGAGAGAGGGAGGUAGGAGACGGGGCAGAAGCGUGGAGAGGAAGAGGCAUGGCCUGCGCUCGAUGGCUGCAGAGGGCGGAGAAGAGGGGGGAAAGGAGGGAAAUGCAGGGAAAUCGGGGAGAGAGGAGAGGGAUGGGGGCGGGAAGAAGAGGAAAGGGGAUGAGCGACGAGAGGGGGAGAGGCGGCGGGAUGUGGAGGGUGUGGAUGGAAGGGAGGUGGAGGAAGGGGAGGUUCGGGUGGAUGGGUUGGAUGAAGGGGCGAUAUGUGGUGGAGAGGGAUGGGGGGAGGUGGAGGGCGGUGCUGCAGCUGGGGAAGAGAAGGUGCAUAGGGCUGGCCAGGAAAGGGAGCUGAGGACGAAACGCCGAGAAGAUCCCUUAAGCGAUGGGAAGCAGCGGGAAGAGGAGAGAGCGGACCGAAGGAUGGUGUGUGCAGUGGACGAGCUUGGGGGUGAAGCUGGGAGAGGGCUGCAGCAGCAGCAGCAACAGGAGGAGGAGGAGGAGCAGCAGCAGCAGGGGAAUGGAAGAGAGCAGCAGCAGCAGCAGCAGCAACAGGGGGACGUAGACGCUGAAAGGAGCGAGGUUGGAUGGGAGGAAGAAUGUAAGAGAGAGCAGCAACAGCAGCGGAGGGUUUUGAAGCGCCUCAAAAGGGUAAAGCAGCAGCAAGAGGCACAUGGAGAUGCAGAGGGGAGGGAAGGCGAGGGAGAAGAGGUGAAGGGGAAAUGUAGGGGCGGUAGAGGCAAGGCAGAUAUUGCUGCUGCUGCUGUUGCUGCUUCUGCUGUUGCUGCUGCAAAGCGGAGGAAUAAUGAGUCUGGGACGGCUGGAGAGACGCGGGGUGGGAAGAAGCAGUGUGUUGAGAGUGGCAAGGGUGCAGAAGGAGGGGAGAAGAGAGGGAAAGGAGGUGCAGGUAUCCAGUGUGAUGCGAAAAGGAAAGGAGAGGCAAUAGGUGUUGACAAUGAGGUAGUUGAGGGGGAAGAGAGUGGUGAAGAGAUAGGUGUUGGGAGAGCGAGUGAUAAUGACGUUGUGGCAGUGCAUGGGGAGGAGAGUGAUGAUGAUAUUGUGAUGGUACAAGGGGGUGAGGAGGACGCUGAGGGUAGGGAGGACCUUGUGAGUGAGGCGGAUGUUCAGGGUGAGGAAGAAGAGCUGGGUGAAUUUUCAUGCAAAAGGGCACUUGCUGCUGGAGCUGUGGACGGGGCUGGUGUGGAUGCAAGGGCCGAAGCUGCUGGGACUGGUAGGAAGAGGGGGCCGAAGCGGGCAGAGGAGGGCAGUGGUAAGGGUGUGAAGAGCACAGGACGGAAGAGAGUGAGUGGGAGCUCGGGUGGAGAGGAAGAGGAGAGCGCAGAGGAGAAAGGUGCACGCAAGAAAGGGGGUGCUCCUACUGCUAAACCUGCUCUUACUGCCAAGCCUGCCGCUACUGCCAAGCCUGCUCCUACUGCCAAGCCUGUUCCCACCACCAAACCUGCUGCUCCAACCACCAAGCUUACUGCUAACAAAGCUCGCGCUGAUUCCCUGACUCCUAUCACGCGGUUUUUCCAGCCAAUCAGCAGCUCCAGCCCCAGUGGCAGCGGUGGUGGCGCGGGUGGUGCUGCUGCUGGUGCUGCUGGUGCUGGUGGCAGCGUUGGUGGUCGUGCCAGCAGCAAGAGCUGCGACCAGCCAGACGGGCAGAAACGAGACCCUGUUGCAGCAACAAAACGGGGGGACGAACGGGGCGAACCAGAGGGCAGUGGAGGCAAGGGAGGGGCGGAGAUGAGCAUGUGGGGUGGCGGGGAGCGGUGGUUUCUGCUGGGAGGGUCAUCACGCAGUGAAGGGCAACUGAGGGCCAUUGUCACCCGCCUGGGCGGGCGCGUGCCACGCAAGUCAUCCUGCCUGCCCCCUCCCCUCAAGCGCACUGAGAAGCUCAUUGCUGCCCUGGCUGCUGGACAGUGGGUUGAUGGGUGCACCUCGUUUCACCGCAUUGCACCGCUGCUCAUCUCACCUAUGAGUGCAGCAACAAGGACGGCCCUCACCCUCGCAUCGUCGUCUCCCCAUUCUCCUUCUAACCACCAUCUUUCCAUCCACCCUCCCAUCACCGUCACCCCAGGUGGGUGUUUACACCAGAGUAUCUCACAGCGAGUGCCACAGCAGGCCAUUUCCUCCCCAGGGCUCUCUGUGAGUGGCGGGGUGAGGCAGCAACAGAGGCGGCACCAACUGACCCUCGUCCUCUCAUCCCCGUGGGUGCUCACUCCAGACUACCUCACAGCCAGCGCCACAGCCGGUCAUUUCCUCCCAGAGGGCCCGUUUGAGUGGCGGGGCGAGGGCAGCAACAGGGACGGCACGGUGGAGCUCGCAGCGCCUGGCAAAUGGCGACAACAGUGCAGCAGGAAUGGGGGGCGAGGCGCUUUUCAUGGCGUACGGGUGCUGCUGGUGCCCCCGUCUGACAGUCCUGAUUCCAUGGCCGGAAGUGGUUGCAGUUCAGGAGGAGGAAUGAGGGGAAGGGGAGGGGGCAUUCCAGAGUGGUCAUUUGAGAGUGAGGAGGGUGAGGGGGGUGGGGGGCAGCAACAGGGACGGCACGGUGGAGCUGGCAGCGCCCAGCAGGUGGCGACAACAGAUGUGCUGCAUCGCAUACUCACGGCAGGGGGUGCGGCUGUGACUCGAGCCUCAGAGCCCUGUGUGGCAGCGGCUCUCGCCCCACAGUUUGACUUUGUCGUGCUCAAGCCAGGUGGGGCUGGUUGGCUGGUGGGCUGGUUGGCUGGUGGGCUGGUUGGCUGGUGGGCUGGUUGGCUGGUGGGCUGGUUGGCUGGUGUGCUGGUUGGCCGCUGGGGCUGGUUGGCUGAGACGUCUGAGAGAGACCCUGUGGCACGUCGCCUGCUCGCCCCCUCUCGCCACGCCAACUCCCCCGCGCUGGUCUCCCCCGACUGGUUUAUUACCCUCCUCGCCCGCCCCUCCUCCAUGCACGCCUCCCCACUGCCACACGUGCUAUUUGACACCGAGCCAGCUGUUGUCGCCUCAUUGGCCGACGUACGCAGCAGUCAGAAACGUUUGAGGGCACCAGUGAAGCAGGAGGAAAAGGGGAGGAAGGAGGGGGAGGAGGGGAAAGGGGAGGGAGAGGAGGAGGUAGAAGAGGAGGGGGAGGUGAAGGGGGAGGAGGAGAAAGAAGAGGAGGGGAAGGAUGAGAGGGAGGAAAGAGUGGAAGCUGUCAAGGAAGCUGUUGAGAAGAGAAAGAAGCGCAUACUUUCAGCAAAACCACUUCACACAGUCAAUGCGGGUCACAGUAACGGCAUUACUGAUGCUGAUGAAGCUGAUGUUGGUGCUGGUGCUGAUGCUGAUGCUGAUGCUGUUGCGGAUGCUGAUUGUGACGCUGAUACGGAUAGUGAGAAAGGUGAUGAUGAGAGUGGUGGAUGGGCGGCCACGGCUCAUAAAGAAGAGCCGCUCUCCGACUUGCAGAUUUCUACAGUGAAGCCGCAACAGAACUUCCCGUGCCCGGGCAGGUGUGGCGAGGGAGUUCCUCUGCUUGAUGACCCCUCCCCACUCGAUGAUCCUUCCCUCUCCGAACCAUCUCCUCUGCUCCUUUACUGUGCCUGCCGAGCUGACCUAGACCCUCCUGAUUUCUUUCAGCGGCAGCACCUCCCCGUCCUUGCUUAG